AAGUAUCUUCCUUAUUGGCAUGAAUUUUUUCAAAAUGAAGUUGAAUUAGAUGAAAUGAAAACUUUAAAAAUAAUUUGUUCUUUUCUUUCUAAUCCUUAUCAAUUUGAAAAACCUAUAAUUCCUUAUGUAGAAGAUAGACUUCAACAACUUACUAAUUACAUUGAAUCAAAUAUUAAAGCUAUAUAUUUUGGUUUACAAAUAGAUGAACUUAUUACUAGUAAUAGAUUUAAAUCAUUUGAAUUUAAUUCAAUAUUUCAAAAUGCUUUUACCAAAGCAUAUUUAAAAUUUGCAACACAUAUUCCUUCACAUUCUAGAAGACCACUUUUUAAAGCUUGUCAAAUUUUUAAUCCAAAAUUUAUUCACACAGGAGGAAUUGAUCAAAAGAAUUUAUGA